GUCAAUGGGCGUCUGCUGGGCUUGAGUCAUACCCAUAAAGUAAUUACUGAUGAUUCAGUGAAUUCUGUGACUGAUUUCUUCACUCCCAUGUCAAGAAGAACUCACUUUAAUCUACCAUGGACAUUAACAAAGCAAAAAGCAUUGUUCUAGCUACGUUAUUUGUGGUUACACUAUUAUCAUGUUUACUGCCAUUAAAGCUAAUGGAUACAAUCCGAAAUGUCGCAGAUCCUGUUCGGAAACUAAGGUACUCACGAGUAAUCAGUUUGUUGAACUGUUUUGCUGGAGGAGUUUUUCUUGGGACCUGUCUACUAGAUUUGUUUCCUGAAGUGCAAGACAACAUUGAUGAGGUCAUGGUUGCGUUGAAAAUCAACAGUUCAUUUCCAUUUGCCGAAUUCCUAGUUGUUCUAGGACUCUUCACCGUUUUAAUUGUGGAACAAAUAUCUCUUGAUUGCAAACAUGAACCUUCACAACAAGAAAUUGGUGAAAGAGAACCUUUACUUCAAGGUUCCACAAGGGAAGUAAAUGCAACAAAUGCUGAUCCUGAGGUGUCCUUUCUUUAUGGAAGUGGACAGCCUAUCAAUGAAGCAUCUCAUCAUAGUCAUAGUGGUCAUAGCCAUGAUUCUCAUCAUUCAGCCAAUUCAUCUCUACGAUCUCUCUUAUUAUCAGUGGCUCUAUCUCUACAUUCCAUUUUUGAGGGAUUAGCAAUAGGAUUGCAAAAAAAUGUAGAAGAGGUUCUGCAAAUUUUUGCGGCUGUAGUGCUCCAUAAAUGUGUAAUUGCAUUUGGUCUUAGCCUCAAUCUUGUUCAGAGUAAUCUUCGGACCAGAGUGAUAAUUCAGUUGACUCUAAUAUUUUGUCUCGCUGCUCCGAUUGGUUUGGGAAUCGGAAUGGGCGUUGAGUUAAUUAGUAACUCUCUUGAGGCAACAAUAUUGAGUGGUAUUUUGCAAGGUAUGGCUUGCGGAACGUUCCUUUAUGUGACCUUUUUCGAAGUGCUGCCGCACGAGUUGAAUAGCAAUGAUCUGAGAACGCCAAAAAUGCUCUUCAUCAUUCUCGGCUUUGCCGCGUCUUGUGCUAUCGUCUUUCUGGAUCCUGACACUGCAAAACCAAGAUGUCCUUAGUUUAUAAAAGUCCAAUUUUAUAUCUCUGGAGAGGCAUUCUCAACUCAAUAUGAAUGCCAAGGUCUAUUAAAACAUUAUUUCUGUGUUUAUUGAAAACUUGACAUUUAAACUGUUUUGCAAACAAUGAGGCGCGUUAAUUUCGAAUAUGAUCAUAUAACACUUUCAUAAAUAAAAAUGUGUACAUAAUUUGUACUUUGAUACUGUAAGCUUGGAUUUUCAUAAAUAUAAUGAAGCAAUAGUGCGUAUAA